CGAAGUUUUGAGUUUUCCGUAUUUGUUCUACUGUACAGUUAGACAUCAGUGUUUUGUUUUUUUUAUUGUUUUAUCUUUUAUUGUUAUUCCCGUGGAAUCCUCGAUUAUGGAUAGUUUUUGCGUGGCUGCUGCUGUGGCGGUCGUGAUGUUGUCCCUCGUCCCGUGGAGCACCCCGUGCCCCAGUCAAAGAAAUGACAUCAGCCCUGUGGACCGACUGAACCAAAUCUUGAACGAAGCCAAACACCGUAACGGUCACGGCACCAUGCAUCUGCACGGCUAUGGCCGCGGUCCUUCGCUGCCGAGAUAUCCGAUAAAGGAAUGGCCGCCGGAGACGGAGAUCAUUCGAGCGCCCGAAGGCGGCACACUCCUCAUUCACUGUAACAACACGAAAAGCAAGCAGGCAUGUACAAGAGGGUAGUUCUAAUAAGUGGACAUGGGUGGACGGACGGCAGGACAGGCCGGACACUGGCUGGACGUAAACGAGGACGUUGGACAGGACGGACACUGGACGGCCUGGCACCUGGACACUGGACGUGCGCGGACACUUGUAUCUACACAGCAGCAUUUGUAUAUUUCUGGACA